AGGGGGCGGGGCUAGAAAUUGAGAGAUGGCGGUUGUGGUGUUGUAGACACGCCGAGAGACUUAAUAGGAUAGCCUGCUUAGCGUGGAUAUUAUGUCCAUGACAUUAAUAUUGCAGGGGGUUGUAAAUAUAGAGAUUUCUUAAUUCAGCAAGGAGUUUCCAGGCCGCUCUUGUGUCAUUCAGGCCCACCUGACGUGUCCUCCUUGUGACGCAUUGGAGAGAAGGCCAAGACUCCACGAGCUCCCUGUUCCCACUUCUCGUCCUGCGAUGCACUGCCCUGUUUAGACAGCGGGCUGUAGCCGAGAAGAGCAGAAAAAUCCGUCUGCUCUCAGGACGGCGAGAUGCAGCAUCAAGCUGCCCAGGUCACCAGCAGUUUGCUGCAGUUUCCUGAGGUAACCGUAAAAGCACUACAAGAAGAUGAAAUAAACCUUGAUUCAAUCCUCCGUGGAAAAUUUACCACUGGGAGAAGUGGACUGGCCUGGUUGGCAUGUGGACCGCAGUUGGAAGUGACUAAUUCAGUCACAGGCGAGCGCCUAUCCGCCUAUCAUUUUAGCGGUGUCACUGAACGCCCCCCGACUGUUGUAGCUGUGAAAGAGUUCUCAUGGCAGAAGAAGACUGGACUACUUGUGGGACUGGUGGAAACAGAGGGCAGUGUUCUCUGCCUUUAUGACCUGGGGAUAUCCAGAGUUGUUAAAGCAGUUGUUCUUCCUGGAUCAGUAACUUCUAUAGAACCUAUUAUUAAUGUCGGAGGUGCCAGUGUCGGUACUCAACAUUUGCAUCAGAGCUUGCGAUGGUUUUUCGGUGUGGCAGCUGUCGUUACUAAUGUUGGACACGUCCUUCUAGUUGACCUUUGCUUAGAUGAUGUGUCGAGCAAUCAGGAUGAACUUGAUGCUUCAGACCUCGAAGUGAUAAGUGGAAUUCCAACAGAAAUCCCUAAGCUGAGAGAUGCUGCAACAAGGGAGCGUCGCCAACUUUGCCUUCAGUUACUUGCACCGUCUGGAACUACAAUAUCCACAGUUAACUAUAUAAGUAAAACAAACCAACUGGCUGUUGGUUUCUCUGAUGGAUAUCUUUCUUUGUGGAACAUGAAAACUCUGAGACGAGAAUACCAUGUUCAAAUGGAAGGAGGGAGGGUUCCAGUUUAUGCCAUCACUUUUCAAGAACCUGAGAAUGACCCUCGAAACUGCUGUUACCUCUGGGCUGUUCAAACCAGUGAAAGUGGGAGAGAUGUCAGCUUACACCUGCUGCAGAUGGCAUUUGGUGACAGAAAAUGCUUAGCAUCAGGACAAAUCCUGUAUGAGAACUUGGAGUAUUGCGAAGAAAGGUACAGCUUGGACCUCUCAGCUGACUCCUUAUCGCUAAGAGGACAGACCAGCACAAAGCUCCUUGGCUGCCAAACAUUAGAGAAAAUUCGUGUUCAUGGGGAAAGAGAAGAUGGCGUCCAUGAAGUGACCUCGCCUGAUACCAGUGUAUCUGUCUUCAGCUGGCAGGUGAAUACUUACGGACAGGGCAAACCUUCCAUUUAUUUGGGAGUGUUUGAUAUUAAUCGAUGGUAUCAAGCCCAGAUGCCAGACUCUCUAAGGCCUGGACAAUUUCUUCGCAACUGCUCCUAUUUUGCGUUUUGGUCUCUUGAAGCAGUUGCGAACAUGACUCAAGACAGCAUUUUGGACAUUGUUUUGCAUGAGCGUAGUUUAAGCCGUGGCGUUCCUCCCUCCUACCCACCGCCUGAGCAGUACUUCUUUCCAAGCUCCUACAAUUUUGAUGGCACAUGUCUGCUGAGCAGUGGAAUUGUUCAUAUUACAUGCACUGGAUUUCAGAAAGAGACCUUGCAUUUUUUAAAGAAUUCUGCAUCCUCUUUAAACGAAGCGGUUCCUGAUGGCUAUAAUCGAUGUCUUGUAGCAGGCCUGCUUUCUCCAAGGUUGACGGAUGUACAGCCUUCCAGUUUAAGUCAGGAGGAACAGUUGCAGGCUGUCCUAUCAGCGGCUAUUGAAACUAGCUCACUUGGUCUCUUAACCAGCUGCAUCAAGGGAUGGACUUCAGAAGAACAACCGAGGUCUGCUGCUAACCUGCGCUUUGUUCUGGAGUGGACCUGGAAUAAAGUGGUGUUUUCGAAGCAAGAGUUUGAUCGACUUUGUGUUCCUUUGUUCGAUGGGUCGUGUAAUUUCAUUGAUCCACAGACUCUUCAGUCUCUCCAUCACUGCCAUCAACGCUUCAGAAACCUGACUACCAUCUUGAAUUGUUUCCUUACAGAGGCACAGGAGCUCACCCAACAAGGGCUUAUUGAUCUGACAAACAAGCAGUCAGUGGCAAAGCUUUUGGCUCUGUAUGCCUCUGUUGUUCUUUGGUUCUGUCGUUCAGGCUUAUUACCCGACACUGCUGAUGAAACCAUGCAGUUAAGCAGGCCGUAUUAUAGUUACCAACGAAUGCAGCAGUACUACUCGGAUCGACGUAAAAAACUAGAACACUUGUCUAGAGGAAAAUGGAAUGCCAGUUUGCUAAUGAUCGAUGGAAUGAUUUCUCAGUUUGGAGACAGAAUUCAGAAUCUGUGGAGCAGGGAUGGCGGUGGUACCGGAAAAUACCCCCCUGCCAGCUUACACGCUCUUCUUGACCUAUAUCUCAUAGAAAAUGUUGAAGAAAUGACCAAACAUGCUAUCACGAUUUACUUCCUGCUGGACAUUAUGUAUGCCUUCCCAGACAAACCAGAUUCGUCAAUCGAAUCCUUCCCCACAGCAUUCUCUGUGCCUUGUGGUCUGAUUAAACUGAUCCAAGGAUUCUGGCUUCUGGACCACAACGACUACCAGAAUUCAGUGGACUGUAUCCUUCAUCCUGCCGUGAAUAGAGUGUUGACAUGGCAGCAUUCACAAAUAAUUGAGACGUUGAUGUGUCAAGGGGAUCACAGACAGGCCUUGCGAUACAUACAGGCAAUGAAACCCCCAAUUACCACCAGCCAAGAGGUCAAAUUACAUAUGACUGUGUUACUGACCAACAGGUAUAUAGCAGAGGCCUGGAACCUGCAGAGACUCCAUUCAAGUCGAUUAAACAUGGAUGAUCUUCUAAAGCACAUGUAUGAAACAUGUCAAGAAAUAGGGCUUAUGGAAGAACUGCUGAAGUUUACUUUCACAGAUGUUGAGCAUGAUUAUUUGCAGAGGUUUUUACAGACAACAGGAGGGAUUCAAAAUCAGGAGCUGCUUCUGGUGCACCAGUUACAGAGAGCAAAUUAUAUCCCGGCCCUGCAAUUAAAUCAGUCUCUAAAAAACAUCCACACAAAUGACACCGACCGUCGCCUCCGUGAAAGAGGAGUUGCCAGAAAUUCCAUUCUUGAUCAGUAUGGAAAAGUCCUUCCUAGAGUGCAGCGCACCUUGGCUUAUGAGAGAGCUAAACCAUAUACUUUAUCCUCGCUUGUCUGGCGAGAGGUUUCGAGACCCAAGCCCUUGUCUACCGUUGCAAAACAGGCUCCUGGAAGUGUUAUAACCAAAGCACAUUUUAUAAGCAGCGUGCUCUCAAAAAUAAAGGAAGUAUCUGCUGCAAAUCAGAAGACUGAAUUUUCUCCUUACAAAAGAUUUGGUAAUGACGAGCGAGCGCCAGUAGCCACCAUGUCGCAAGAACUGGAUUCUCCUGAAGCCUUUGUUGGUACACCGAUAACCAAGUCAAGGAGGGUGUCCAGACUGUUGGACUCUGUGGUUCACCCUGUAAUGGUGGUACCUUCCCUGACUUUGGAUUCAGAAACUGUUCAUUUACAACGAACUCCUCGUAAAUCUCCAUUGCUGCUCACAUCUAGCCCAAUGGAGUCAAGUUUGCGGAAGGUCGCUCAGAUCAGAAGUAUCACCAAAGCAUCAGAAUUUAACUUGUUAGAGACGCCGCUGGUUGUCAGGAGAGCAAAAGCCUUGGCUGCGAGUACCACAUCCUCUACCUUUGCUGGUUUCACGCCUCAGUCUAUUCUGAGAUCAAGUGUAAGGACAACUCCACUGGGAUCUCCUUCUGUAUCCCCAGGAAGAUCUCUGACACCUCCUUUGCGGGUAAAGGAGACAAAGAUAUCUUUUAUGGAAGAGAUAGGGAGCAAAUACACUAAAGGGGUUGCAUCUUCCGAAAGCGAUCUGCUGUCAGCUUCUCCUGUACUAAGGUCUAUCCCAGAUGUCCUGUGGACAAGAAGCCAUGUCAAAAUGACCUCAUUUGCAGAUAUAGAACACAAGGAAAUGGAGUCAUCUUCAGCAAUCCAGGAUGAGAUGCCAACCAAAAUGGAAGUUUCCGGAGAAACUAGUAACGUGUCCAUACGGUCAGACCAGACAACACUAGAGUUUCAUGAUGCCCCAUCCCCAGAAGACUUAGAAAAAGAUACCUCCAUGAGAACCAAACCACAAUCUCCUGUUAUAGAAGGGACAGUGGAAGAGGGAAUAGAAGUAGUACUGCAGCCUGAACAGGAACUAGAAAGCCAACAACUAACAGCGAUUCAUAAUCCAGAGGAGGGAAAAAGUAUGCGCUUUCUAAUGUGUAAAUGUGUUGCUAUCUCUACAGCUUGCUUUAAAGCACUAUACCAGCGGUAAAUAAAGUUGCCAUUUAGGCUUGACAUUAAUUGGUCAGCUGCUAGGCUUCCAUUAGACUUGGUCUUAUUUAUAUUCUAAUUGAAUACAGCCUUGAAAGGGAUUUGAUCAGGGAACAGGCCAUAUAGUGGAAAACACUACAAAACGCUUUGUAGAUGUCAGACCUUUAAAAUUUCAUUUUUAUGCAUA